CCUAUCUUUAGCGUGUCGUGGCAGGUGGAAAAGGCUUCGAAACUGCAGCUGCCGACGCAUGCUCGCGCCCGACCGGCUCGCGGGGCGCAGCGCCAUUGACGCCAAAGAUGUGGUCCGCGUCGCGCUCGAACCCAGAGGUAUCAUUGGCUUUAUCCAGAUCCCGUCGCUCGCGUCGCAUGCAAUGACGCUGGCCGAGGCGCGCACGAUCAUUGCUGCCACGAUCGACCACGUGCCCGACGACGUCCAGUUCCUCUAUGGCGAGAUGGGGCUACCAAUUGGCAGGACGCAAGAGCCAUACCACCACGUCGUCGACCACUACCCGUGUAUAAAGCUCCGUCCUGCUCCGUCGAUCGCCAAGAAACUCAAGCCCACGACAUACCAAAUCUCGGUCUUAAACGGACAGACCCAAGGGCUCUUUGCGUCGUGGAUCCCAAGUACGUAUACGUUCCAGCAGCUGCGGCGGGACGCGGCGCGCUACUGGGAUAUCCCACAUGACGCCGCGACGCUUGUCGAUCCGGACGGCUGCGCGUGGCCGGACGAAGCCUGCAUUGCGUCCACGCUGCUCGAAAACGAGACGUUGGCGGCUACGACGCGCCUCGUGCUGCGCCACAAGAAGCACUUGCACGGACCAACGAGCGUCGCAGCCCGGCCUCGCGCACCCACAAAGAACCUCGACGAGCGACUAUGGUACAUCUUUACGUUCUACUGUGUUCACGGCGACGCGCUCGAUGUGCUCGGCAUGACAGCGUACCAGUUCCACCGCUUUUUGCGCGACUGCCGGCUCUUCUCGUCGGCCUUUACGCCAGCCAUGGGCGACGUCAUCUAUGCGUUUGAAGCCAAAGGCAAACUCGCCAAGCCGCUCGCCGCCUCCCGGCGCGCAACCGCCAAGCUGGACUACGACGGCUUCCUCAACGCGCUGGCGACGAUCGCUGCUCGGCGCUACGCCUCGGACGCGCUCGCGACUUUGCUCUCGACGCACGUGUUGCCGCGGGCCUCCUCGUGGCCGCUGCCCACGUGGCACUUCCACACGUCGCUCCUGCAGCAAGACGACGUGGCGCGCUUUGUGGGCAAGUUUGAAUCCAUGCUGCGCGAUAUUUUCGUAUUUUACACCAACCAGCCUCUUUCCGACACCGAAGCCGAGAGCACGAUGGCGUUCAGCGACUAUAGUCGAUUUGUCAACGACUUUCACAUCACGGAGCUUUUGCUCUCGACGCACGAGUGUCCCGAGCUCUUUCUUGCGUCAUGUCAGUGCACGGGCCGGCGGGACACGAUGCAUUUUGAUGCGUUCCUUGACGUCCUCGGGCGCGCCGGCCUCGUGGGGCUGACGCGCUAUCGUCAUCUGCAGCCACUUCAGUGCGUCAAGGCAGUGUUCCACCAUAUGACACGCGGUCUCAAGAGCUCGCGGGCGCUCGGGAUCAUCGCCAACCAUGGUCCAAGCGCGUUGUACGCGGCCCGCUUUUACGCCGGCUGCGUCGCGUUUAGCCACAAAUUCCUCGACGUCUGGCGCAUUGAGGGGUCCCCCGACUACAUCACGGGAGUGCUUCCGAUACUGCAGGACAAGAGCACGCGCGGACGCGAUAUGCUAACGCAGAUGAUGGUGCGUGCGGAAGCCGCGCCCGUCGCACCCCUUCCACCCCCCGGGUCGCCCCCCACAGCGGCACGGCCACCUUCGGCACCAAGCACGACAACGAUGACCCCGACCAAUACAAAGGCCAAAACGCUCGUGGCACCUCGCGAUCAACCCCCGGUGAUGUCGUCCCGUGAGCGGACGCAAAAACUGAACCCGUCGAUCGCUCGGGGUCCUCGACUCUUGCGCCUGUCACUGGACGAGCACCGGUUGACGCUUACGCAAGGCAAUGUUUUUCGUAAAUUUGGGACGUGGGGUCAACCCCAGAGACGCUACGUGUGGUGUUCGGACGACAGCGACGUGUUGUCGUGGCGCAGCCUCAAGAGCAAGAAGGCCGAGGAGAGCUUUACUCUGUAUGCGAUCCAAGCCGUGCUUCCGGGCAACACGGAGACGACAAAGUACGCCUUCAUGAAGCACCUCUCGGACGAGAAAAACCUCCGGCGGUGCUUCUCUAUCAUAACCAAGGAUCGGCGACUCGACUUGGAAGCCGACUCGGACGCGAUCUGCGACCGGUGGAUACAGGCGCUCACGAGCUACCUCACAAGCGGACGCGCAUGAAUGGAGAUCCUGUAAAGAUGAGUCGAGUAUCUUGAACGUUUUGUCCAUUGAAUGCAAAGUGUUUGUUAUUGUGA